AUGGAUCGCGGGGACCAAAUGGCGUUAUCCGGGUCUUACUAUAUGCAGCAAAGAGGGAUACCUGGAUCUGGAGCACAACCUGAGUUACAUAUGUCGCCUAAUAUUCGAUCACUCUCUAAUCCGAAUCUACCAUUUCAAUCCAGCAUUGGUGGUGGUUCCAUUGGAUCCACAUUGCCAUUAGAGUCUUCAGCAAUUUCGGCUCAUGGUGUCAAUGUGGGAGCUCCUCCUGGGGCACCUCCAGGGGAACCUGUUAAAAGGAAGAGAGGAAGGCCUAGGAAAUAUGGAACUGAUGGAACUGUGUCAUUGGCAUUGACUCCAACUCCAACAUCAUCUAGUCAUCCUGGAGCCUUGACACAGGGCCAGAAACGGGGCAGAGGGCGCCCACCUGGGACUGGGAAAAAACAGCAACUGGCUUCUCUUGUCGAUUUUGGCAGAAUAUUUGACAUUGCAACAAAAAUCAUGGCAUUUUCUCAGCAGGGACCUAGAGCUGUAUGUAUUUUGUCAGCCAAUGGUGCUGUCUCAACUGUCACACUUCGGCAGCCAUCAACUUCAGGCGGCACUGUCACAUACGAGGGGCGCUUCGAGAUAGUGUGCCUGUCAGGCUCUUACUUGGUCACUGAUAGUAGUGGCUCACGCAAUCGAACUGGUGGACUGAGUGUGUCCCUUGCUAGUCCUGAUGGUCGAGUCAUUGGUGGUGGAGUAGGUGGAGUUCUUAUUGCAUCAAGUCCUGUUCAGGUGGUAGUUGGGAGUUUUCAAUGGGGUGGAUCAAAGACAAAGAACAAGAAGAAGGAAAGCUCAGAAGUUGCAGAAGUUGCCGUGGAGUCAGAUCAUCAGGGAGUUCAUAAUCCAGUGGCACUGAACAGCAUCUCACCAAAUCAAAACCUUUCUCCAACCCCUCCAUCCUUGAGUCCUUGGUCGCAAUCACGACCAUUGGAUAUGCGUAAUUCCCAUGUGGACAUUGACUUGAUGCGUGGGUGA